UGAUUCCACUGAAAGAACCGCCAACACAGGUUGCGCGCUUCGAAGGCGCACUGAGUUGUCCCGUCCACCAUGGGCCACCAUGCUCCACCGUGAUGCCAGACACGAUCGGGAUCCUGCACGGAUCAAACGUCUGCCACCCCUCUCCGACUUUGGUGAACCUGUGCGGACUUGAGCGGACCGAUUCCUCGAUAGAGCGCGUUUCCUGCCGGACUUCCUGCCUCUCUCGUUUCCGAGUCGAAGCGUAAAACACCAUUGGUCACAUGGCGAUCGGUUCCGAAAAUUCAGUGACGGUUCUUAUACGCACUUGGAUCUUCAUGAUAAUCUUUUGUUUCGCGGGCUAUGCAGCAGGUUCUUGUUUGAGCUAUGGACAUUCGUGCUGGGGAGGUCAUGGUAAACGUAGCGCAGUGCAUAACAAUGCAUAUCUAGUCCCACCAAAAACGCUGAAUGAAAUCCAACAGGGCGUACCGUCGCUCGCGAAAGACCAAUUCGUACUUUCCCGUUUAAUUGGUCGGCCAUUGAUAUCGAACAAAUACAAGGGAAGAUGGAACAGGUUUUUCAAAAUCAGGGCCGGUUUCCCAGAGAAUUGGGACAGCGACGACUUUAACGCACAUCUUCUCAGCAAUGAGCCCAUUCGGGAUCAAAAUAAUAACGAAGAUCUGACCCAGGGUAAAAGGAAACAUAGCAACAACGUGCAGGACAUGACGGGAAAUAUCAACGACGAGGGAAAGGAAAUUCCGGAAAUACUACUGAUAUCGAAUAACGAGGACAAUCAACAUGGCAGGAAACCACAGAACGUAGACCUGUUCAAAUUUCUGAGUGACACGAAUGCUGAUUUCGAAUAAAAGAACCGAACAUUACUAUAAAACAUAAUGUAAAUUAUAAAUUGUCACAGCUGUAUUCUAACUGAACUAAUAAGAGUAUCGUUUAAAUUUAAUUUAUUAGAAAUUCUGUUUCUCGGAAAAAGAUUAACUGACUGUCGAUUAUUUAGUUGAAGAUACAAACCUGAAUUUUAUCUUCUAAAGAAGUAUCAAAACCAUCAACACAAUAUAAGCAAGAAUAAUUUUCUUUGUUGCUCAACAAUAAAUAAAUAUCUCAAUUCAAACUGCAAUAGAACGAACAAAUAAAUGUUUCCAGGUUUGAAUCAA